AUGGUAGUUUCAAUAUUUUUCAUAAAUUGGCCCGUUUAUGAGCCUAGACGAGAUGAUCUAUCUUCUUGCCUUCCUAUGGCACAAAAUAUGGUACACUGGGUACCCCGAGAUGAAGGAUGGGUUAAGGAAAAUUUUGACGAAGCCUAUAAAGGCAAUCUAGGUGUCUCUGGGGUAGGGAUGGUAUUUAGAGAUUGGAAAGGAAAUAUAUUAGCAUUGGUUUCUCAAAAGCUAGAUAGGGGAACCAAUAAUGAGGUGGAGGCUCAGGCAACUCUAAUGGUGAUUGAAUGGGGCCUAAAACUUGGUUUCUCUAAACUAGAUCUGGAAGGAGAUUCUUUAAUUAUAUUCAAUACAUUAAUCAAAGGGGAGACACAGGCUUGGAUUUUAGAUGAUUUUGUUAAAAAGAUGAAACACGAUUUAAAUUUUUUUAAUGAUUUCAAAAUCUCUCAUAUUUGUAGGACAGGGAAUGAGGUGGCGGUUGUGUUGUCAAAAUGGGCUACGUCAUUUGAGUUGGAAAAAGCAACUCAUCUUGAAGAUUUUCAAAAUCUGGUGAAUGAUGAUGUGGAGGUGGAUUUUUAA